GAUGGGGAGUAGAAACGGGGCGGGUAUGGUGGAUCCGAAAUUAUAACAAAGUGGUGGGCGUUUUGUGCGAUGAACCUAUGUUUGGCGGCGGAGUAAGGUGGCUACGCUCCUCGGAGCGAUUCAAGUUUCUGGCGAAGUCAUUCUCCAGCAACUCCAGAACCCGUUAUUCCUUUUGUACAACAACUAAAAACAGUAACAACAACGGCGACAACAAAAACAUCGUCGCCGACGAAAGGUAUCGGCAGCUGGAGAAUCUCGACAUGGUGACUGCCGCUAAGAUCCUUUUCACCGAUCCCCCUAAGAAGAAGAAGUUUGGGUUUGAUUUCCAUCUUGUACAGUUUUUUUUUGCCUGCUUGCCUUCCUUGGCUGUGUAUUUGGUGGCACAAUAUGCUCGUUAUGAAAUAAGAAAAAUGGAGGCGGACGUUGAGAAGAAAAAGAAGCAGAAGGAAGAAGAAGAAGCAAAGGAAAAAGAAAAAGAAAUGGAACUAAAUCCCCCAGAGGAAAAGGAAGAAAAAUAUGAUCCCCAACUUUCAGAGGUGAGAGUGAGACUUGAGAAACUUGAAGAGGCUGUGAAGGAGAUUGUUGUUGGAACAGAGAAACAAUCAAGUAGCAACCUAGCAAAAAAUCAGGUGACUGAUAAUGAGAAAAAACAGUUAAGUUCUUCACCAAAAAACACUAGUCCCACUGAUUCUGCAUCAAAUAAAGCUGAUAAUGAAGACAAUUUUGGUAAGCAUAAUUCUCCCAAGUCAAAGCCAGAAUUACGUGAAGAGAGUAAGGGUAUAGAUGCAACCCCAAAUUCUUCUCUUCAGGAUCCCAAAGGCCAGAGUCAAAGUGGAGGGGAUUCUUAAGGUACUAGGAUCUUUAGAAAUUCAUGAAGUUAUUAGAUUGAAAUGAUCAAAAGCUAUAGGUUUUUUUCUUUCUCCUUUGCUCAAAAAAUGGUUAGUUAUUUAAUCCUCCAGAGGUUACCAAACCUGUUGUCAACCCUUUCUCUGAGAAAGACUUUUCAAGUUUUAUUAGGAAGAAAAAUAUAAAUGGGAAAGCUAUUUUUGGUGCAUUAAUUUAGUUGCUAUAUAUGUGGAAGCUAGAAAGUAAUUGUUAUUUAUGCUGCCUGCAGUCAUGUAAGGAUCCAGUAAAUUAAUAAUUUUUUUUCUAGGC